ACCGGUCUAUUGAAGUUGAUUGCUCGAUGCAGCAGAAAGUAUAUGAAAAUACUUGACUGCUUCGGACGAGCGUGAGUUUUAGGCGUAUAGUGUGUGCACAAGAGGAAAUCGAAAUGUCAAAGGUGUUACGAGUCCACCUCACCAGCUCGAUGUUGUUCCAAAAUCGAUAUCUAAGUCUCCAGCAGAUCAACCAUAUAUUUAAUAUGGGAUUGUCGAAGAGAGGGCCUCAGGUGGCUCAAUGCAGGGGACUGACCUCCAUUCAGCUGAAUAAACAGGAGCUGCCUAAACAACCUGUUCCUGAUCUGCAUCAAACUGCUCAAAGAUAUUUGAGGUCAUUGAAACCAUUACUAAACGAUCAAGAAUACUCGAAGACUGAAAAAAUAGUGCAGGAUUUUAUUAGUGAGUGCGGGCUAGGGCCAAAGUUGCAGAAAAAAUUGUUGGAACGAUACGAAAAGACUGAUAGUUGGAUGAAUGAGUGGUUCUUGAAUGCUGCUUACCUAGGAUAUCGAGAUUCUGUACUCCUCAUGUCGAGUCCUGGGACCGUAGGACCGCCUCAAGACUUCAAAUCACCUGAAGAUGUCCAAAAAUUCGCAGCUCAAUUAAUUGUUGCUGUUUCCACUUACAAUAAUUUAGUGAAAAAAGGAGAUAUCAAGCAAGAGAUGGUAGGACCGACCCCGCUGGACAUGCAGCCCUACGCGCUGAUCCUGGGGACUCACAGAAUCCCAGGACUUCCCCUCGACAAGCAAUUCCACACCGACGAUUCCCGCCACAUAAUAAUCCUCAAGAACCAGAACAUUUUCAAAUUACCCAUAACCGACGAUCGUGGGAUUCCCCUGACUGAAUCGCAACUGACCCCCGCCCUCAAGGACCUCUUCGAGCGCUCCGUCACCCCAGGAAUUCCCGUGGGAAUUCUCACCGGAAGCCCGAGGGACACCUGGGCGCAGGAUUUCGAGGCCCUGAAGGCCAUCGGCUGCAACUCAGGACUCAUAAAAAAUAUCGAAGAAGCUCUGUUCAUUCUAUGUCUGGACAAGGAAAUUCCGCGGAACAAAUUCGCGGGGAAAAAUGAUUCGUCUGUGAGGGCUAGACAGGCCCUCACAGGUUUCAGUAUUGACACGAAUGCAGGAAACAGAUGGCACGAUAAAACACUGCAGUUUAUAGUUUCACCCGAUGGAUUCGUCGGGACUGAGUACGAGCACAGCCCAUGCGAGGGUGGACCCAUCGGUGUGAUUCAGGAUUUUGUCCUUAAAUAUGUGGACAGCAAGAAAAAUUCGGGGCAGGACGAGACCUCUCCAUCAACUCGAGAUUUUCCAAGACCUCAAUUAUUAAAGUUCGAGAUUAACGAGGGGAUCGAGAGGUCCAUCGAGGAGGCGACGAGAUUUGUCGGUGGAAUGUGUGAGAAAAUUGACAUGGAGUGCUUCACGUUCGAUGACUUUGGGAGUGCGGAGAUCAAGAAGGUGAAGAUGAGUCCGGAUAGCUUUAUUCAGACUGCCAUGCAGGUGACUUUUUUUAGAAUGCAUGGGAAACCCCCGGCGCAUUAUGAGUCCGGGGGACUCAGGAGGUUCAGGAACACUAGGACUGAGGCGAUUAGAUCCACUAGUGUCGAGUCUGUGGGCUUCGCCAAGAUUAUGGCGAUGGGGGGGUCCAAGGGGGAGAAGAGGGAGGCUCUGGGGAGGGCUAUCAGUGCGCACAAGAGGAUUGCUGGGGAGGCGGUAACGGGAGCUGGCGUUGAUCGCCACCUCUUCGGGUUAAAAAUGAUCGCCAAGGAAGAAAAAAUAGAACUCCCAGCUCUCUAUUCCGAUGUCGGAUUCACCAGGAGCUGCCAUUGGAAUCUGACAUCCAGCCAAGUGCCAUUUAAGACUGCAUCCUUCAUGUGCUAUGGACCAGUCGUGGAGGAUGGAUAUGGAUGCUGUUAUAAUCCAAGAGCCGACGAAAUAUUCUUCGCAUGUUCGUCUUUCAAUACGUGCAAAGAAACUUGUACAAAAAAAUUCGCUGAUACGUUGCGACAGGUCCUCUGUGAUAUGAAGGACGUUGGAUAUGUGUAA